GAUCGCAAUAGGACAGAAACACUGCCAUGUUACCUUGGGGGCUCCCUGCCUUUGCUCCAAGGGUAUUUCGUUUUAAACCACAGCAUUGCAAGCCUCACUUGGUCAAUUUGAUUUUUAAUCGUCUUUGCUCGUCCCUCUCUACGUUUUGGGGGGUUUGUUCCGGUGGAUCUGGCAACACGGCCGAUGUAAAGUGGGAGGAGCAGGAAGAAAACGACAGAUAACGACGGACGGAAUAGAUAAGCAGUGUGACACAUUUUAGCCGGAAAUGACAGCAGAAGACGUCCCAUAUCGUCCCUAAACCUGGAGGAAUAUUUUGAAGACAACUUAAAGCACCACAAGAGACCUCGUCUCGUCUGGGAGGUCAGACUUGCUGAAGAAUAAACGUUUUCUUACAGAAAUUGAUGGCUGUCUGAAGUAAGAAAAUGAGCAUCAUCACACAGUUUAAAGUGACUUUUCCCCAGCCACCAGAAACGCAUCCGGUAAUACAGUGUAUAAUCGAAAGCAACCUGAAGAAACUCAAGAAGCUGCUGAGAGACAACAAUAUUAAUGGGCUUUAUGCCAGCAAGGAAUGCUGUGACUACGUGACUCCGCUGAUCGCCGCUGUUGUGAAUCACAACAGUGACAUUUUCGCCUAUCUUCUUCACCAAGGAGGGGAUACCAACUUAUCUUCCCAAAAAGGACUGACAGCUCUGCAUUAUGUGUCAAUAUCCAAAGCGCCACAUAGCUUUGUGAAGGAGCUGCUUGCCACGGGAGCCGAUCCGAACGGCUGGAACAUGAUGACACCGCUGCUGCUCGCUGCCUCUCAUGACAGAGAAGACGUCGUCAAAGUGCUUCUCUCUGCUGGUGCUCAGGCAACUUUGCUACCUGUAGCUGAUGCUCAGCAUCUUGUUGCCGUGAAAAAAUUAGCUCAUGUCAUCGAUAACUUGGCAUCUAAAGGAGAUGAACUCUGCUCCAAAAUCUUUCGUAUUUUGGAAUUUGAAAUUGCCGUGCAGGAGAAAUCACCUGAGGAGGUGCUCAGGAGGUUUCACAGUCACAUGCUACUGGAGGAUCCGCAGAGCCAUUUAACUGUGAUCGAAGUACUGUUCACAAUUACUGGGAAAGGGAAAGAAAAGUACUGCCAAGGAUGCAUUAGAUGGCUGAAAGAAAACGGAAAUUUAAACUCCUAUAUUGAGGGAACAGCAAGUCGUUUUACAAACAUCCAAAAGGUACGUGUAAAGAUAGUUGUUGAUAGUUUGCAUGCCACCUUCUGCACAAUGGAUGAUAUACCAAAUGAGCAAGCACUGGCUAUUGUUCCCCAUCUCCUGGAUCAGCUCUGUUUAAAAGAAAGACCAGAUGUUUGGGAAGCUGUUCUACAAACUUUAUAUGUGAUUACACAAAAAACAAAGGGCACUCUUGGCUGGGAUAAAACCUUUAUGGAGAAGUUGUGCAGAGCAGUUGCUCCCUUUGUUCAUGAGCGUCACUCCUCUAACACCCGGGUCUACUCAUAUGGCGUAUUUGCGAACUUGCUUGCUGGGGAACAUUCAGCCAGCAUUUUCCGAUCAGUGGGGAUAACUUUAGUGCCUGAAGAAAUAUUGAUAUCUGCAGAUAUGACGACCAAUGACAAGCUAAAAGAAGUGCUCAGGCAUCUGAAAAGUCAUGUCAGCAAGCCCUGGUCUGAAUGGGAUGGGAGUGAAGCCUCACCUGAACCUAAGAAGAAGAAAAAGAAGAAGAAAAAGAAAAAAAAAAGAGAGGAGAAUUGUGAAGAUGCAAAUGACGAACUUGACAAUGCUGCAGUUGAUGCAAUGGCAUCUGUGUCUUUGGAGGAAUCGAGUGGACAAUGUUCAGCCUUCAACGCCAUCGAUUCAUCAGGGACAAGGAGAUGGCUGCAAAUCAGUCAGAGGUGGAAUGAAAAACUAUCGAAACUUGUCAGCACUGAUGAAAGUAAAGUAACCAGAAUCAGCAGCAUCAUUUAUGUGAAUGAUGCAGAAUUCCGCAUAGCAAAAGGAAGUGAUGGUACUGAAGUCUUCUUGGGGCUGAGGGACGACGGCACAGAGGUUGCUCUUAAGAGGAUGUCUAAAAGUAACUAUCAAGUGCUGAAGAAUGAGGAAGGAAUUCUGCGACUGCCAGAGCUUGACCAUCCGUCUAUUGUACGGUACAUUGAUGCCGCAGAGGACCGAAACUUUGGAUAUCUUGGUCUCCAGCUUUGUGAAUACACCUUGGAAGAAUACAUUUCAGAUGGUGAUGGCAUUGAGCUGAUGAAACAAAAACUUGUGUGCGAGUUUCUUGAAAGUUUAAGGGUUCUACACGGUCAAAAUCCUCAGAUUCUCCACCGAGAUCUCAAACCACAGAAUGUCUUAAUUGAUGUCAAAGGGAGGGCAAGAUUAGCUGAUUUUGGCAUAAGCAGACGUUUACUCAAAGAUCAGACGACUCUGCGAACAUCCAGCGCAGGCACUAAGUGCUGGAUGGCAACAGAGACUUUAGCAGAGGAAUCUGACAUACCGUACAAAUCAAACACUGAUGUGCAGGUGGCAGGGAUGUUGAUCUACUAUAUCCUCUCUGGGGGACACCAUCCAUUCGGCAAAUCUUUUGAAUGUGAGUUCAACAUUUAUCAUGGGAAUUAUCGUUUGGAUCAUGUGGAAGACCUGGUGGCAAAAGACCUCAUUGAGCAGAUGAUUGUUGGAGAUCCGAGGAACAGACCAAAAGUGGAAGGAUGCCUGAGUCAUCCCUUCUUCUGGCCUUGUGCAAAGAAAGUUGAAUACUUGAGAAAAAUUGGUAACCAUGAGGAGGCAGCAAACUGUCGAAAGGCUGACCACGACGUGACUGAGGACCUUGAAAGAUGUGUUGGUGGAUCCUUCAAGCAGUGGAAAAGCAAGUUUCCUCUGGACCUUGUUCAGAAAAUGGACGGAAAAAACAAAGCCUACCCUGAGAACACACUUGGACUUCUGCGCUUUAUACGCAAUCUCCAUGAGCAUUAUGCUAAGGAUGCGGCACAAAUUGAUGUCCUGGGAUUAUUUCCUGAUCUCUUUGGUUGUAUUCACAAGUUUGCCAAGAGCCAAGGGUGGAAUGAGGAGACACCCCUGAAGGAAAUGUUUCAAAGAGAAGACAUCAGCACUAUAUUUGUGAUGCCAUCCACAAGCAUUGUGAAGCAGCAGACUCUCCCUGUUCAAGAGUCCCAAGUUGGUGACGAGAAUGAAGUUGAAUUUGAAAAGGAAUUUUGAGGAACAUUUCAAACAAGGUUGAUUUUUCCAUUUU